AUGUCGACAUAUCUUAGAACAGCAUUAAAUCCUUUCAUUGGUGGUACCAAGCAAGAAGUUGAAGACGACGCCAGUGAUGCGGCCUCUGAUGCCCAACUCUCUGUGGGUGCUCCAAUAGAAGGUCUCAAUCCCUUGGGAUAUAAUAUCGACUACUUCACUGCCUACUUUACGGCUCUUCAUGGAGUCAUCGGAACUGGUAUUUUCGCAACUCCAGCUUCUGUUCUCAAAUCCAUGGGAUCGAUUGGUGCAAGUUAUGUGUUGUGGAUCGCUGGCUUCAUCAUUGCAGUACUCCAGAUCUUUAUCUGGAUUGAGUUUGUCACCUACUUCAAGCGUCGUUCAGGUGGUCAGGUUGUGUACUUGGAACAGGCAUUCCCAAAGCCAAAGUUUAUGGUGUCGAGUGUCUACGCUGCUGUUACGGUCAUCUUAUCUUUUUCCACCUCCUCUGCUAUUGCAUUUGCUCAAUACAUAUUAGCUGCUGCUGAUCACAAGGCCACUGCUUGGGAACAAAGAGGUGUUGGUAUUGCUGUGUUGGUAUUUGUCUCCGCAUUGGGAAUUGUGAACUCGAGACUCGCUCUCAAAGUUUCCAACUUUAUCGGAUUUGUCAAAGUUGUGUUUAUUCUCUUCAUUGCCAUUACUGGACUUGUCGUCCUUGGUGGCCAUACUAGAGUCAAGAACCCAACUCAAAUCUUUCAAAAUUCUUGGGAGGGAACUGUCACUUCAGAUGGUAAUGCCAUUGCCAGUGCAAUCCUCAAGGUAUCCUUCUCAUAUGGAGGAACACAAUAUCUUUUCAACGUUGCCGGUGAAUCUAACCCUAAACAAACCAAAAAUAUCUUCAAAUACUUCCUUCCUGCUAUUAUGCUUUCCAUUUUUGCAAUGUAUCUCUUGAUUAUCACUGCAUUCUACGCCGGAAUUAAUGACAUCCAGCAAAUCAAAAAGGCCGGUCCUUUAAUCUCCUCCCUCUUCUUUACGAAGGUGUUCGGGACCAAAGCUGCCACCAAGGCACUCGAUGUUUUCGUCGCUCUUUCUGCCUUGGGUCAUCUUCUCGCCGUUGUUGUUGGUCAAUCAAGAGCUUUGAGAGAAUGUGGAAGACAAGGUGUCUUACCAUACUCUAGCUAUUGGGUUACAACUAAACCUUGGGGAACUCCAAUUUUGCCAAUUGUCGCCAUCUUCAUUGUUAAUUUCAUUGUCUUGGUCGCUCCUCCAGCGGGUGAUGCUUAUAAUUUCGUCGUUGACAUUGGAUCGUUUUCUGGAUACAUUUUCAAUUUAUUAUUGGUUAUUGGAUUGUUGUUAGUCAGAAGACAAAGAAAGGCAGCUGGCCUCGGCUUCGAAGGAUUCAAAACACCAUUGUCGAUCAUCAUUAUUAUCAUAUUGUAUGGGGUGUUCGUUAUUGCUAUGUCUUUCGUCCCACCACCUGGUAAGUCCUUGAAUGGUUCCGAUGUCUCCUUCUUCUAUGCCACCUAUGCUUUUACCAGUAUCGGUAUUUUGUUAUUGUGCUUCUUCUACUACUACAUCUGGGCCUUUGUUUUACCAAGACUUGGUAAGUAUGCACACAGAAACUUACACUACACCUUGGAAAAUGGGGAAAGAGGACAUACAGUUGUUAAAGUUCCAGUUGAAGAACUCGAAGAAUGGGACAGCAAGCAUGACUCUAAUGGUAAAGAGGUCAGCGAUGACAACAGUUCAAUUCUCGUGGAAAAUAUCGUGGUUUCCGGUCUUGGUAAAAAAGAUUAA